GCCCACGCGCAAGGACGUGGGCACGCUGUGGUCAUUGAAGGAAAGCUGAACAGAAGAGUGGAAUAUGGCGACCUCAAACAAUCCGCGAAAAUUCAGUGAGAAAAUCGCUUUACACAACCAGAAGCAAGCGGAAGAAACAGCGGCAUUCGAGGAGGUGAUGAAAGAUCUGAGUAUUACGAGGGCAGCAAGGUUACAAUUGCAGAAAACACAGUAUUUGCAGCUUGGACAGAAUCGAGGGCAAUAUUACGGAGGAUCACUGCCAAAUGUCAAUCAAAUUGGAAACAGCAGUGAUCUGCCAUUUCAGACACCAUUCCCAAGUUCAGGAAUGGAUACAAGCCGGACUAACAGACACCAUGGCCUUGUAGACCGGGUUUACCGAGACCGAAACCGAAUCACCUCCCCACACCGCAGACCCCUCUCAGUUGACAAGCAUGGCAGACAGAUUGGAAGCUGCCCCUACAGUUCUGUUUACUUGUCACCACCACCAGACACAAGCUGGAGAAGGACAAACUCAGACUCAGCUUUGCACCAAAGCACUUUGAGCCCUGCUUCACAAGAAAAUUUUGUUGGAGGAUCACAAGACUUACAGCCAAAGCAAGUGCUCCUUCUGACUGUUCCAGGGACAGAUAUGACUGAAAUUGAGAUGGAGAAAGAUGAACAGAACAAUGUAUGGGAGUGCAAAAAGAAUGUUUCCUCGAGGCCGAAGCCCUGCAAAGUCCCUGGGAUCAACAUAUUUCCAUCUCCUGACCAAGAGAUCAACACGUCUCUCAUUCCCGCUACACACAACACUGGAGGGUCACUGCCUGACCUGACAAACAUCAAGUUUCCCUCUCCCCUGCCGACGCCGCUGGACCCAGAGGACUCCGUGUCUGGCCUCAGCGUCUCCAGCAGCACGGGCAAUCUAACCGUGGGCUCGCACGCUAAUGUGGUUAUUUCCUCCAACAGCCCAGGCAUCACCUCGUCUCAGCACACGGUGUCGGUGACCGUCCAGGGCCAGCCAGCUGGCGUGGUGCCCCUCAUCCUGAACGCAGACUUCCACCAGCAGCCCACUCUCCAGCAGCUCUCCCCAACGCUGUCACCGACAUUCACUCAGGCAAUGACGAUAGACGCUGUGAUGCUGGAACAGCAGCUGGCUCAGUACACGUUUUUCACCCAGUCGCAUGUGCAGACACAGGCCUUAGAUGGGCAGCAGCAGCAGCAGCAGCAGCAGCAGCAGCAGAACGCUGGGCUAGCCAGGCUAGUCCAACUGCCGCCUCUCUCUGUGAACUGCACGCUGGCCCAUCCCACCUUAGAUGGCCAGACAGCGCCCUCUGUUGGUGUGGACAUCAGUUCAGCCUCCACCCUCCAUCAGUACCGCAGUAGGAUGGGCUCCUCGGCCAAUCAGUCUCCAACCUCCCCUAUCUCCAAUCAAGGCUUCUCACCGGGGGGCUCGCCACAACACUCCAUACUGGGAAAUGUCUUUGGCACUUCCUUCUAUGACCAGCAGAUGGCCUCCCGUCAGACAAGUGCUCUCUCUCAGCAGCUGGAGCAGUUCAACAUGAUUGACAGCUCACUGAGCUCCAGUGGUUUGUAUGGACCAGGCUCCACGCUCAGCAGCUCCCAGGCCGCCCUCCUAGGCCUCUCAGGGAGCCAUGGCAGCCUGCAGGACUCCCAGCAACUAGGCUAUAGCAGCCAUGGCAGCAUCCCCAACAUCAUCCUCACAGGUGACAUCUCCAUGUCUUCAGUGACGGGAGAGGCUCUGUCCAAAGAGCUGGCGAGCACCUUAGCGGGUGACGACAGCUUUGAUGCAGACUCUCAGUUCCCCUUAGAUGAACUCAAGAUAGACCCUCUCACAUUGGAUGGCUUGCACAUGCUCAACGACCCAGAUAUGAUACUCACUGAUCCAGCCACCGAGGAUGCUUUUCGGCUAGACAGGUUGUAGUGUCCUCUGUGUUAUUGGAUGGGACUUAAGGGUUGGUCAGGGGGCUAAUUUGCACAUGUGGUGCAGGAAUUUCAACUCUUCUUGGCGUAGUAGACAGUCUACUGAAAUGGGCUGAAGUCUGAAAUGUGCUUUGGGAGUUUGUUGUCUCAGAGAUGGUUGACCUGGGAAUUGGUUUGUUGCAGAGGUAGUAGAGAAGAUACAUCUCUCCGCUGGAUUUGAGAUUUUGGUCUUUUCAACAUUCACACUCCCCUAAAUGAACAGUUUUAUCUGUAACUUAAAUGUGGAAAACACUAUAUGGGUAAUGCCUCAUUUUAGUUCUACUUUUUUUUUUUUUAUCACAAAAGAGAUAUAUCAUCCUGUUAUGUUACAGUUAUGUUACAUAGUAUCUUUUUUGCCUGGUCCUUUGUGUUUUAUUUCACUAUAUGACUUUUUAAUUGCAGAAAUGUAAAUUGUUGAUUGUUUUUGUUUUAGCUUUUUACAUUUUUAUAUUUCACCUUUGUAUUAUAUUUAGUUUUUUAUUAUGAUUUGGCAGCAUCACUGCUUAAUGAGUACUAACUCUCCCCAUGUUUCUAUUUGUGUGAAGGUGUAUACUUUGAAUAAUUGAAUGUCAGUAUUUUUUUAUCUGUACUUGUUGCCAGAAUGUCCAUAUAGUAAUAGUGGAAGGAUCCUUCAUGCUCUGUUGGCAACAGUAUAAUGACUUGGCAUUUCAUUUGUUGUAGUCGAUGUUUAUUCUUAAGUGAAAACCUGGCCUCUCUGUGCUGUAUGUGAAACAUUGUAAGGUGUUUGUAGAAAGAUUUAGAUGCUUCAUGCAUCAGCUCAUUUAGGAAAAUUGCUCCUAAUUGACUAUUAACAUUCAAUUUAGGAUCUGAUGAGGCAUCAGGGGGAGGUUAAAACCAUGCUCAUCAUGAAAUUUCUUGUUCCACUCCACAAACAUGUUUUGUCAGAACAAACUGUCAUAACUGUCAAUGGUAAGGCAUAAGAAGCGCAACCCUUUAGCAUUAAGGACAAUUGAAUGUUAGAAUGACAUGGAGUCCUACAACAAAUUCAGAGAGAAUAGCAUAUUCUCUUGAUUGAUGGAACUACACAAGGAAAUCUAUUUCACUUCGUCACUGUGAUUGCCAUAUUCUGCCUUAUUUCAGCAAGAUGCAGUUUUCCCGCUAUAUUUUGUGAUAUUGUGGAAGUCUCUGUUUGAAAGGUCUCCGAUGUGUGUCACACAUUUAUAUUUUUACAGAAAUUAUACUUCUUCAUGUUUACAUAUGCUUAAAGAGAGAAAAUCUAAUCUAAUUCUAAAAAAAGUCUAAUACUGAAAAAAUUGCGGCUGUUGUAAUUUGUAUAGACAACAGAGCGAUGGGGAGUGUUAUUACUCUUGCAGGAUAAUCAUCCAUAUUUUUACAUCUGUUGUGGGAUAUUAAAUGUUGCAUGUUGUUUUGUGGCAUUUGGAGUAAUUUGUUAUGUUUUAUGUGGUUUAGGAUAUGUUAUCAAUUGGAUCUUAUUGGAGUAUCUAUGCAAAGUUUAUCAAAUCAGUGUAGAUAAGCCUAUUUGAAAGCUUAAGAAACAAAAAACAAUGCAGCUUAACAAAAAAGGUUUUCUAACAAAACAAAAAGUAUCAGUUAUUGCAUGCAGUGUUCCCCAAUGCCUAUUUUUUCAUAAUUAUAGACAGAGACUUUUCUUUUCAACAUGCCCAAAGUGUUUGGUUUAGGUGUCCAUUGCAAAUUCACAGCAAAUUAAGAUAUUUUCACAACUAUGCCUUUUAUAUAUAUAUAUACCCCCCAAGGAAAUCUGUGAUAAUGUUUCAAAUGUAAAUUAAUAUUAAUUGUUAUAUAUUCCUCCAUAAAUAGACCAUAAAGACCAUAAAUAUUAUAUUAUACUCUUUGUAUAUAUAUAUAUAUAUAUAUAUAAACAUAGGACCAAAACUGCUUUCAAGUCAUUGUAUUUUGUUUGUUGGUUCACCAGUGUAAAAAAAAUAUGUUAACCAAUUCUGCUAAAUGUUACCGUGAACCGUUCUGCUUCAAUAUUGUUUGUAUUAUGUGUUGAUUUUAAUAAGAGUUCCACGCAAUCCAUUACAUUCUGAUUUUGCACUUAAAUCAUAAAAUCAUUACAACUUUAUCGCACUACCCCCCCCCCCCCCCCCCCCCAUGGUCUGCUUUGGAUUUAGGAUCCAUAAACCACUUGUAUUUGGUCAAAUCUGCCUUGAGAAAAAAAACAAAAACAUAUUUUAUUAUAUAAAUAUAUCUUUAUCUAUAUUUAUUUAUAAGUCUAUACAUUGUCUGACUUUUUUGUCUGACUGGUACUUUUUUAAACUCCCGAAAAUCCAAAUCUGUGGAAAAUGAUUGGCCCGACCAUGUGUUGAAUUAGCUAAUAGUUGAUUAUCCCACCCAAACUUUAAGUGCAUUCAUCUGUAAAGACUGCCUCUGUUCUUAAUAGAUGCAGACAGAUGAAAGGGUGCUAGCUGGUGAUUUUCUAUACCAGUCUAGAUUUAGUCUGGUUGACAUGGUAUACAUUUGUGGUUUUACAUGUUCUUUCAGCGUUUUACUUACUGAAUACAUGUGCAUGUUGAUAAAUGUUUAUUUAUUUGAGUCAGUCCCAACACCAAAAAACAAAAUAAGUAGUCUGAGCUUCAUCCCCAGGCCAUUUGUACCAGAAAAUUAUAAAAACAGUGCAUGCAUGUUUUUUUACUUUUAGCUUUUAGGGAGCCACAAUUUGCUCAGUUGUAAACAUAAUGCUGUUCCUAUUGAUGGGAGUCUUCUGUUUCUUAUUUAUCCCUAAUGUAAAUGUUUGUUUAUUUGUUUGUAUGUAUGUGUAAGUGCUGUGGAAUUUCCAACCCCAUGCAUGUUUAUAUUGCUUUUAGUAGGCCUAUGCCAUUGUCUUGUCUGUGGGGCAUUUUUAAAUCAGUUCAACUUACUGGAUUUAUAUCCAAAUAGAAUCUGGCAUGUCUUCUCCUUUUGGUUCAGAGCAAUGGAAUGCUUUCCAUCCAUGUAGAAACACAACUGACUUUCUGCACAAAGUUAUGCAAGUUGGCUAGCAUUCAUUUGUUUAUUUAUUAUUUUUUCCGUUGAAUGUAUACCCAUUGUUCUUUUUGUUUGGUGUACAUAAAUAUACAUUUUGCUUUGUAAGGUUUUUGUGCUUUUCUGGUAUGAUGUAAAAGUGAAAAAGUUACAUGCACUGAAAACUUAAACACUGCAAUGUAUCAUUGUGGUGAGGUGAUGUGGGCUCUGAUUAAGGGUUUGAAGUUCACUUCAUUAAUUGGCUCAACCUUAAAAUUUGUAGGAUGCAUGCUCACAUAUGUCAAAAAAAAAUCCUAUCAGCUAUAUUUUUCAGAUGAUUUUGUAACAAAUUCUAAAUAUUUUAUCUAAGAAAACCUAUAUCAACAGUCUAAUGUGACUAAACCAACCACUACACAAACAGAAACCCUCUGUUGUCAAAUAGAAAAAAACAUUAUGAUCAUGUAUCAAGCAGAGCAAGUGGUCUGAAUUUUCUGUUUGGUAAUUUAAAGUUGAAUGUAUGAUUAGUACUGUAUCUGAUAACAGGUUUUAUUUGUAUGUUUCAGAAUGGAAUUGAAGCCAAGUCUGUAUUAUGUUUAAGACAUCUUACCCAUAACUAUUGAGGGAGGUGCAAUGAUUUUGUCACAACCAUCUGUUCAAAGGGUAUAAAGAAUUAUAUUUACAUAAAACAUACAAAACUCAAUAGUACAAGACCAUAGUGGUUUUGAGUUUUUCCUCUCAAGGAGAAACAUUAUUGUAGGUGUUUUUUUUUCUACCUGCGAUAUUGUAUCAGUGGAUGAGCCAUUUGAAAACGCCAAAGUUGAAAAUAUGGUAUCCCUUUCAUUUUGAGUCAAUGCUUUGGAAACACUUGUAAUUUGUUAUGUCUUUUGUUAGGCCAGUGUUUGUUAAUGUUUGUGAAUAAUGGUUGAGAUAUUUGGCCACAGCUGGCUGUUUAUAGUUAUUCUAUAUAUGUUAUGCUUUUAUCUGACAACCAACAAUGUGGUAAAUUAAGUGUUUACUUUUAAAGGUGAAUAUUUAUCCAUACAUGUAUAUAGUUUCUGGUAAAACUUGCAAUCUUGUGCUGAAUAUCAGAGGGGCAUCUGCAUGGUACCGAAUUAAAGAACCCUCAUACUCUAAAGCCUUUGUGUGACCUGUUCAGCUUUCAGUUUGUAUCUAGCUGUACCAAUACUUUAAACCUAUUAUUAAAUCUAACAGGUGUCUUAAAUGAUUCAAAGGAUUCUGACACUUAAGUUUUCCCUUUAAUUAAUAUAGAAAAUAAAUAAUAGGGUAGUGCUUGGCUGGGCAUUUAUUCAAAUAUAAAUCAAAAUGCUAUUGAUAUAAAUAUUAUAAUAUAAAUAUAAUAAAAUAUACAAACAAAUAUUGAGUCAAAAUAUAAAUCUCAUGUCAACAACAGUAUGGGUAUGGUAGUUUGUUAUAGCAAUGACAAAUUGACAUUGACAUAAGCAGCUGAUCAUUUCAUCACUCCAUAAUAAACCAACUGUAAACCUUCUGAUACAGCAUGUGCAUUUAAUGACGAUGAACUGUUGUGAUGGUUCACUUUCUCAUUCUCUACAAUGGCAGCUAAUUUGUUAUAUGAUAUUUACUGUGGAUGAUGCACAGCAAGGUCUGACCAUCACACUUCCUUUGUACAGUUACAGGACAUGCAUAUGCUCACCAAAUAUGCAAGACAAGCAUUCAGUAACACAGCUUUGCAAUCCUGUCAUUAUGUUGUGAUAACCCUUUAAAAUGAACGAAUCUGAUUAUUUUGUUUUGUUUUGUUUUUCUUUUUAUACAAAAUAAAUAAGGUAUUUGGGCUGUAUAUGUGUGCAAUUUACUGAGAAUUGCUUUCAGUUAAAUGUUCUCUUAUAUCUCUCUUGUGUGGAGGCUUUUGUCUUUGUAACUUUGCAUUACUAUUUGUACAUUAUAUUGAAUAAAAUCUUAAACAUGUGACUCAUUA